GUUGGGGAGGGAGCAGUGUGGUUGAAGCAACAGCUCUUGCAAAGACGCCGUUCCUCAAUCUGUUGGUGCAGGAUCUUAUUGUCCUGAACUGUUUGCCAGAUGUCAGCGGUUCAAACAGGGAGUGCCCAGGGUGUGUAGUGUCCCUGGCAUUCUUACUCAGGCGACUGGCAUAGAUGGUGAUCAGGUUUGGGAGCGCCUUUCCAUCAAUGUGCUGGGCUGCCUUUACCACAUGCAGAAACAGCCCUGUGUUGCCACAUCGGUGCCGUUGGCUCGCACCUCAGGUAGUAAUGACAGUUCAGCUGCCGCACAGGUGCGCACACCGCCCCCCACGUCCCACACCCCCGUCAGAGAGGAUGGGGACAGAGAUGCUGCCUCCUCGACUACAACCCCUUCAAGUAAAGACAUGAACAACAAUUGUUUCUGCCGCCGAUCUCGUGCCCGUGUCAACCAUGGAGACAACCCAGGUGACCCUGGUGGUCAGAGGAGAAACAUCCCCAGGUGAGGUGAUAGCUGUUGUCGGUAACUGUGACGCCCUGGGAUGCUGGAGCCACCAGAAAGCUGUCACCUUGCAUCCCGAUGGUCAAGAUGGAAACACGUGGACUACGACAAUCGCUGUACCCAAAGGAGUUGUUUCCCAGUACCGCUAUUUCAGAGGCUUCUUUUUGGAGUCUAAGAGCGCAGAUGGUCCCUGUCAAGUGAUAGUCAAUAUGUGGGAGACCCAUCACCAUCCCCGCAUGAUGAGCCCCACAGCAACCCACCAGAAUGUUGACGAUGGGCAAUUUGGAAUUAACAACGGGGUCAAUUGUGUCGAUGCCGGGUGGCUGACGUGCCAGGCUGAGGUUCGCCUGCGUCUGCACCAUUCUAAGACGCCUCCGGUUUCCAUCACCAAAAAGAAAUUCAAGAAGUCUCGCUUCAGGAUCAAGCUGACAUUGGAGGGCAUUGAGGAGGAGGAGGAGGAGGAGGAGGAGGAUGAAGAGGGAGAGGGAGAUGCGCUCAGUCCGUCAGCUUGGAACAAGAUGACCACCACUCUGGAGAUCAGCAUGAUCAGUGCCAAUGGUUAUCGGUCGCGUCACUCGCAGCCCGAGUGUGGUUAUGCCCUGGAGCCCUCCCAGUGGACUGAAUACAGUAUCCACACCAUGGACCCAGACAACCUAGAGCUCACCUUUGAGUACUUUGAGGAUGAUUUGAGUCAGCAUGUUGUCCAGGGGGAUGCUCAUCCAGGACAUGUGGGCACAGCUAUCCUCCUCUCCUCCACCUUCUUGGAGAAUGGCAAAGACAUGGGAAUCGUCACACUUCCCAUAAUGGGUCGAAAUUCCAGGCAGACCAUCGGGAAAGUGAGAGUGGAUUACCUAGUGAUUCGGCCCAUCCAGGGGAUGCAGUGUGACAUGAGCUCCUCGUUCACCAGGUACUGGAGGAAAAGAGGUGCUCUGAAUGUGGGUCACAGAGGAGCUGGCAGCACACACGCAGCUAAGCACCAGAGAGUCAGGGAGAACACAAUAGCUUCAUUCAAAAGAGCUUCUGAGCAUGGUGCAGCCUUUGUAGAGUUUGAUGUUCACCUCUCCAAGGACGCCGUUCCUAUUGUAUAUCAUGAUCUGACAUGCUGCAUAUCCACCAAGAAGAAAAAUGACAAAACUUCACUAGAGCUCAUUGAAGUGCCAGUCAAAGACUUGACCUUCGUUCAGCUGCAGCUUUUGAAGCUGGCCCAUGUUACUGCAAUGAAAGGAAGUGAUCACAAAGAUCUGCUGGACGAUGAAGAAGAAAUUGACGAGCAUCAGCCAUUCCCUUCACUCUCACAGAUCUUCCAGGCUGUUCCUGAGCAUGUGGGUUUCAACAUUGAGCUCAAAUGGAUCUGCCAGUUGAAGGACGGGUCGUGGGACGGUAGCCUCUCAUCCUACUUCAACAUGAACACCUUCCUCGAUGUUGUCCUGUCUUGUGUUCUACAGAAAGGUGGCAAAAGACGCAUUGUCUUCUCCUGCUUCGACCCAGAUAUCUGCACCAUGGUGCGUAACAAGCAGAACAAGUACCCCAUCCUCUUCCUUACUCAGGGAAUUUCAGAAAGGUAUCCUGAACUGAUGGACAUCCGCUGCCAGACCACUCAGAUCGCCAUAAGCUUUGCCCAGAGCGAGAACAUUCUGGGAAUCAGUGCCCACUCUGAGGAGCUGCUAAAGAACCUCACUUUCAUCGGCGACGCCCAGUCGAAAGGCCUGGUUGUGUUCAGCUGGGGAGAGGACAACAACGACCACGAGACCAGAAGGAAGCUGAGAGAGCAGGGCAUCGAUGGGCUCAUCUAUGAUAGUAUCUGCGAGGAACAAGGAGAGCAGCCAAAUAUCUUCCAAGUAGAGGAGCAGCACUCCCUGGGGGAGGUUAUCAACGAGGAGACCAUGAACAGCUCCACCUGCUCCUGCUACUCCAUCCCCUGCUCCAUGGCUCCCUGUGUUGCCUUCAAGUCCCGUACUGGCAGCGCUGAGUCCGACUCUGGCCACAGCUCCUUAUAAUCCAAUCUAAACCACCUCAACAGAUGUUGUCUACCGUCAUGCAUCUUCACAAUAGGUUAAUUAUUUAUGUUUUCUCUUAAAAUAUGUGGUUGGUUUGCCAAAACUUGGAGGCAGCCAUGUCUGUUUCUUCGGGUGUAGGGAUUAGAACAGGCAGCACUCCUUAACAUUGGACCCUAAACCUUGAUAUUUAUUCAGCUACUAUGUUUCAUCUCUAUAUAGUUUAAGUCUAAAAGUUAAUGCAUAUGAUUUUUGUUUUCACAAUUUUAACAGAGUGGCAAAUUGCCAUAAAGUUGAUAUAAUGCUUGAUGAUGCUGUUUUUAUAUUUCCGCUGUUAUGUGUUAUCUGUGCAUGUUAGCCAUUACCUUAAGUGUUUUCAAAUGACUGGAUAAUAGCUUCUGUUUGUUAUUUCAGGUAUGAGAAAUGAUUUGAGUAGCAUGGCACAUCCAUUGCUGGGUUAGAUUUGCGUACUACACACAGUUCAAGGAGAUGUGCACAUAAAUCAAUGAUAACCUCUUGGUGGAUAGACUGCAGCACUUAGAAAGGAGCCUGCAUGAUUGAUUUCCUCUUGAAUGGACAGUGGAAAGCACUUGCUCCUCUGCUUUCAAACUCAUAGAAUAGAUAUUAUUGUUGAUUACACACUGCACAGUAAUGGAUGUACUGUAUACUUGAUUAAUUCUAUAUACAUUAUUUGAGGAAAAGCAGAAGAAUGUUUUAUUAGCACACACCACAGCCUUAGCAGGGAAAAGUCUGUUUCUGUUUCCUUCUGUUUGUUUCACCAAUAUCUCACUGCUGAUCUAUUAUAUUAGACUUGGGUGAGGAUUUUUGUACAGAAUGAAAAAAUACUUAAUACCAUACUCACAAACAAUCCUUUUUAUUGCAUGGUAGAUUUUUUUGUGUACAAAUAAUUCAUAAUUUGAGUAUUCAAAUGCAAGGUGUAGGAUUUAGGGGGAUCUAUUGGCAGAAUUGUAAUAGAAUAUUCAUAAUUCUGUCUUCAUUAGUGUAUUAUUACUUCAAAGCAUGCAUUACUUUAGAAUGAAGCCUAUAUAUACAUAGGUAGCCGAUCCGCCAUGUGUCACCGCCUAAAGCAGACAAAUCAAACACUCACGUUUUUACCUUGCCAAUGUAGAUUCUCCUACACUCCUGGAAAAAAGCUAGUUUUGGUUGCAAUUUGCAACCUCACUGCUACAUGUUACAAAAUCCGACAUACUGUUCCUUUAAAAUUUGUUUGUCAGGAUAACGCAACUGGUAAUGAUGCAUUUUGAUCACUGCAAAACCAAUUAAAGUGUACUGGUGAUGAUCACUGCAAAACCACUUAAAGUGUACUGGUGAUGAUCACUGCAAAACCACUUAUGAAGUGUACUGGUGAUGAUCACUGCAAAACCACUUAAAGUGUACUGGUGAAAGUUUGUCUUGACUACAAACCCUAAUGAAGCCAUGUGAUGUCUGUUUAUCUGUUCAUCUGGAGGAAUGACAAUCCAGGGAGAAUGAAAGAAUCUAGCAUGUAAUAUGCACCGUCACCUCAGGACAGAAGAGUGCAAACGGUAAUGUGAAUAAAAAUCAAUAUCUAUA